UAUAAAAAAAAAAAAUAUUCAAAGUGUGAAUUAAAAGACAAGGAUUAAUCAUUGUCUGUCAUCAUUAGUAAUAUAUGAAAUAUAUAUAUAAUUUGAUAAUAAAAUUAUCACAAUUAAACUUGACAAAAAAAAUAAAAAUGGUUAAAACACUUGCUCCACCUGAUACAGUCAAAGGAAUGACAAAAUUAAAUCGUGAUGCAUUUACAUCAAAUUAUGAAGUACCAUGUUUAAAUUUAGGCAAUGUAUCACCUCAAAUAAUACUGCCAGCUGUUAAAAAGUAUUUAUUAAAAUUACGAAAUUACAAAGCUGUUAAAAUAGUUGAUGAUAAUUUAAUGAUUACUCUUGAUCCAUCAAAAGUUGAAAGUAUAAAUGACAUUGAUAAACCUGAUUUAGAUAUUAUUAAAAAAUACACAAGCUGUAUUGACAAAACAAUGUUGACCCUGAAAUAUGAUAAUUGGAAUGCUGAACAAAUAUUUAAAGCAAUCAUUCCAGAUGACAUUGAUGUACCAUCAUCAUAUACUAAAGUUGGACAUAUUGUACAUUUAAAUUUACGUGAUAAUCAAUUACCAUUUAAAGAUAUAAUUGGACAAAUUUAUUUAGAUACAACAUCACAAACUAAAACAGUUGUUAAUAAAUUAAAUAAUAUUAAUAAUGAGUAUCGUAAUUUUUCAAUGGAAAUACUUGCUGGUGAAAAUAAUACAAUAGCAACAUUAAAAGAAAAUAAUUGUCAAUUUAAAUUUGAUUUUUCAAAAGUAUAUUGGAAUUCACGUUUAAGUACUGAGCAUGAAAGAUUAUUAGAAUUUAUGAAAAAAAAUGAUGUACUUUAUGAUGUAUUUUGUGGUGUUGGUCCAUUUUCAAUACCAGCUGCUAAAAAAGGUGUAACUGUUAUGGCUAAUGAUUUAAAUCCAGAAUCAUAUAAAUGGCUUAUGGAAAAUGCUAAAAUAAAUAAAAUAAAAAAUAAUUUAAAUUGUUAUAAUAAAGAUGGUAGAGAUUUUUUACGUAAUGAUGUUAAAAAUAAUUUAUUAGCUAGAAGAAAAAAUAAUGAAGAUGGUAAUGAACAUAUUGCUAUGAAUUUACCAGCAUUGGCAUAUGAAUAUCUUGAUGUUUUUCAUGAUUGGUUAAAUGAUGAUGAAAUUAAUUUAAUAACAAAAAAACCACCAUUAAUACAUUUAUAUUGUUUUGUCAAAGUUAAAAAAGAAGAUGAUCCAAAAUUAGCAGCUAAAAAAUUAGUUGAAAGUGUUAUUAAUUGUGAAUUAACAGAUGAUGCAUUAAAAAUUAUUCAUUAUGUUAGAAAUGUUGCACCAGCUAAAGACAUGAUGAGAGUGUCAUUUUAUUUGACUGAAAAAAUUAUGAAACAAGGUGAACCUUUAAAAAAAAAAGCUAAAAUUGACAAUGUUGAUUAUGAUAUUUCAGAUAAACAUGGCGAAAAACAAGAAGCAGAUGAAGAAAAAACAUGUCAAUAAAAUUGCUGCUAAGGGCUCAAUUUCUAAAAAAUCUGGAAA